AUGCCGCGACUGUGUGCAUAUGUGCUGAUCCUGGUGCUGGCUCUGGCCGCCUUCUCUGAAGCUUCUUGGAAGCCCCACUCCCAGCUGCAAGACACACCCUUGGGUCCAGGGGCCGAUAGGGGCCAGGAGCCACAUGGACUGGACCGGCUGGGUCCAGCCUCUCACCACCGAAGGCAGCUGGGACUCCAGGAUCCCUCACACUUGGUGGCAGACCUGUCCAAGAAACAAGGACCAUGGGUGGAGGAAGAAGAGGAAGCAUAUGGAUGGAUGGACUUCGGCCGCCGCAGUGCUGAGGAAGGGGACCUACGUCCCUAG